CCAUUUCAUGCAAUCCUUAUCUCUCUUGAAAGAGAAAGCCAUCCUCUCUUUCCCUCUCCUUCACCUCACAUGGAGGAUUCAACAAAGCCGCUUCUCUCUCCGUCGGAGGACCAAAACCAAAACCACAGCCAUCAUCAUGAGGAUCUAGACUCUCUACUCUCACUUCCCAGAUCAACAACAAGCACUAUUUCCUUCGUUCCUGAUGCUGAUGACAUCUCUCCCAUCAACGGCGUUAGUGAUUUCUUCAGAGAAUUCUACGUUGAGUCCAAGAAACUUUGGUACUUGGCUGGCCCUGCCAUCUUCACCUCCAUUUGCCAGUACUCCCUUGGCGCCAUUACUCAAGUUUUUUCCGGCCAAGUUGGCACCCUCGCCCUUGCUGCCGUCUCCGUGGAGAACUCUGUCAUCGCCGGCUUUUCCUUCGGCGCCAUGCUUGGAAUGGGAAGUGCACUUGAGACGCUAUGUGGGCAAGCAUUUGGAGCUGGGCAGCUGGAUAUGCUAGGGAUCUAUUUGCAGAGAUCAUGGAUCAUUCUCUGCACUACAGCCUCGCUUCUCUCAUUGAUUUAUAUCUUCGCCGCACAACUUUUGAAGUUGAUUGGGCAAACGGAAGCCAUAUCUAAAACAGCUGGGGUAUUCGCAAUCUGGAUGAUACCUCAGUUAUUCGCUUACGCCAUGAACUUCCCCAUGGCAAAGUUCUUGCAGGCUCAAAGCAAGAUCAUGGUUAUGGCCUUGAUCUCAGCUGCAGCCUUCGUUUUGCAUACUUUAUUCAGCUGGCUUUUGAUGCUGAAACUGGGAUGGGGAUUGGUUGGAGCAGCAGUGGUGUUGAAUGCUUCUUGGUGGUUCAUUGAUUUGGCUCAGUUUUUUUAUAUUAUCAGCGGAACUUGUGGCCGAACUUGGAAUGGAUUUUCUUGGAAAGCUUUUCAGAACUUGUGGGGUUUUGUUCGCUUGUCUCUUGCAUCUGCUGUUAUGCUUUGCUUAGAAGUUUGGUACUUUAUGGCAUUGAUACUCUUUGCUGGAUAUUUAAAGAACGCAGAGGUUGCAGUGGAUGCUUUGUCCAUAUGCAUGAACAUUUUGGGGUGGACGGUGAUGGUAGCUCUGGGAAUGAAUGCAGCUAUAAGUGUAAGAGUAUCAAAUGAAUUAGGAGCAGCUCAUCCAAGAACAGCAAAAUUUUCACUAGUGGUUGCUGUUAUAUCAUCCUUCAUAAUUGGUCUCAUUCUUUCUCUCAUUCUCAUCCUCACAAGAAAUAUUUAUCCUUCUCUCUUCUCCAACGAUUCUCAAGUUCAAGAACUCGUAGACGAACUCACGCCACUCCUCGCUCUCUGUAUCGUCAUCAACAAUGUUCAGCCUGUUCUCUCUGGUGUGGCCAUUGGAGCGGGAUGGCAAGCUGCUGUGGCUUAUGUGAACAUAGCUUGUUAUUAUGUAGUUGGGAUUCCUCUUGGCCUUAUAUUGGGUUACAAGCUUGGUAUGGGCGUUCGUGGGAUCUGGUAUGGAAUGAUGUCAGGGACUGCACUACAGACUUUGGCUCUCUUCUUCAUGAUUUAUAGAACAAACUGGAACAAAGAGGCUUCAAUUGCUGGAGACAGGAUAAAAAGAUGGGGAGGACAUGUGGAUUCGGAGGAGAAGAACAGCGGAAAAUUAAGCUUGUCCUCAAAUCGAAGGGAAAUGGAUUCUGAUUCUUUGGUGGAACUGUAAUGAUUUAGCAAUAAUUUCUCUGGAAAAUUUACAACUGAGAUAGCUUUUUAUUUUUUGCUCCCCGAUUAUCUAGAGGUGUAUAACUUAUAGUCUCCGCCA